ACCAGCAACUCGUUUCCGUCGUUCUGAACCGAUCCGGACACUGCUGCGAAUCCGUCGUUCUGCCUGCCAGGCGCCCAGGCAUCAUCGAAGAAGCAAGGCAAGCGAUGGCCCCGAGCGCGUCGAUGCUGUUCCUGAGCUACCACCAGCUCCGCAGGCCGGCGGAGGCAGCGCCCAAGAAAGAGGAGGAGGAAGCUGGCGGCGGCGUCCGGCUCGGCGUGAGCAGCGUUUUCUCACUCGGCGCCUUCGCGCGGCGGCGGGAGACGGCGCCGGCGGUGCGGGCCGAGUGGAAGAGAGGGCGCGAGCGCGACGCCGGCGAGGAGGAGAAGGCGGCGGCGGAGCUGGAAGGGAAAUUCGAGGAGGCGCUGCGCCUCAGCUGCUGGUCUUCUUGAAGCCAUGCACGAAGCCUGGAUAUGGCCGGGAGCAAGGUUUCGCCUCCUAGAUAAUGCAAAUUACGAUAGAAGAACAACAGAUGCGUGCGCCGAUAUAUAAGGAUCGAGCAAGAAAUGCAUCUGGAUUUCUUUCUUAGUUUCUCGAUCCUUUGUCUCAUGUGCAGCUCUUGAUGAUAUGUAGAUAAGAAGAUGUUAACUACUGCUCC